AUGUUGAAAUUAUUCACAAUUAUUUCGCUGCUUUUCUUCCACCAUUUGGUGGCCACGCAGGCUACGGGCAAGUGCAGAUUCAAUGAGAAGUAUUUUGAUAACUUCACGAUGACCAUCGUCAACAACACCUUGGACUUGGACAUGGUGACUCCCAGGACUAUUCCACGUGGCCUAAAGGUCCUAAUCGAUGUCCAGAUCAGCCUUGACAUGGGGAAGAGCUACCAGCGGCUCUUCGCUCACAUCCUGGAUGCCUGCAGCGUUGUCUCCUCGGUAAAGACCAGCAUUUUUAAGAGCUGGUUCGAGAGCAUGCGCAAGCACGGAAACUUUAUGGCCAACUGCCCAGUGCCCGAGGGCCAUUACUUCCUGCGCAACUGGAAACUGGAUUCACAACUGGUGCCGAACUAUCUGAUGCCCGGCGACUAUCGCGUAUUGGUGCACUUUUUCUACGGCAAGCAGAAGACCAACCAUGACGAGUUUGCCCUCGACAUGGACAUCUACGCGAUGGUGUCGAAGUAAUAGAUUUAUUAGGAAUAGCUCUGCGGACUUACACUGCAUUUGGUUAACAAUUAAAAAUCUGGUAUAAGG